ACGCAGCCACAUUAAUUAAUUAAUUAACCAAAAAAAUUAAAUUAAAAAACACGGAAACGACAAUCUCGUCACAAUCGAUGAUCGAAUCACAACCGUACAUUCGAUUAUAGCAUCAGCAUUUAGAAUAGAAGUAACCUUCAUUUCUUCUUAUCACAGAAAGAACGAAAGCGCGUUUCGUUCUCUUCGAACUCUCUGAAUCACUGAGCGAACUCGGAGAGAGAUAGAGCGAGUGAAGUUCGCGUGACUCGUCGAAGAAACAGAAACACAACACCAUGUCUGGUAUUGCUCGUGGACGACUUACUGAAGAACGCAAGUCAUGGCGGAAGAAUCAUCCUCAUGGUUUUGUUGCGAAGCCAGAGACACUGCCUGAUGGUUCUGUCAAUUUGAUGAUCUGGCAUUGUACUAUUCCAGGAAAAGCUGGGACUGAUUGGGAGGGUGGCUUCUUUCCACUUACAUUACACUUUAGUGAAGACUACCCUAGCAAGCCUCCAAAGUGUAAAUUCCCACAAGGUUUCUUCCACCCUAAUGUUUACCCAUCCGGAACUGUUUGCUUGUCUAUACUUAAUGAAGACAGUGGAUGGAGACCAGCCAUAACAGUGAAGCAAAUUCUUGUGGGCAUCCAAGAUUUGCUUGAUCAGCCAAAUCCUGCUGAUCCUGCCCAGACAGAAGGCUAUCAUCUGUUCAUCCAGGAUACAACUGAGUAUAAGAGAAGGGUCAAGCAACAGGCAAAGCAGUAUCCCCCUAUUCUCUAGUGCUAUCAUCAGCUUAAUUAAGAAACUACUGUUAGUGUGGUAGAUGUUUGCUCGUUCCUUCUGUCAAAACUGUUUUGUUGUGAUCAUUGGCUUGUUGCAUAACAUGCAGACACCAAUGUUUUCACUAUUCAUGCUUACUCUCAGAUCUCGAUGAAGUGUUGAUAUAUAAAACUAUGUGAAAGUCAACCAAUGAAUACUUGUUGGUGGCUCAUGCUGUGCCUAAUGUUUGCUACUACAUUUCUUAAUGAUUGGAUAAUUACUGUAAUGAAUUAUGGCUAAUCUCUCAGGAACUUCUCAUUUCUGGAUAUGUUGUUUCCUUUUUGGAUAUCAAACAUAAACCCCAUAUUGGCCAGCCA